UUCAAUGGGCCAUGAAUAGUCAACAAAUAUGGCGGUUUACGUGUACAGUUCUAAAUAUAGUAACAAACACUUAAUUUAAAUAUUUACCUGUAUAUUUUCGCAUCAAACGAUCGCUUUUACACUGAUUAAAAUCGUAGAGUAAAUAACGUAUUUAAGUUCAUCGGAUAUUCGCCUUAUACGAGUGAAGAUGCGCUGGGUUUUGUACGUGUCGAUUUUGAUGACGCUAGUUGCGCUGACAUGUUGCAUUAUUUCAAUAUGUAUACCGUACUGGCUGUAUACCAGGGACCCCCAGUUAUCGUACCAAGGUCUCUGGCAGAGGUGCGAACCUGUAGGCACCCAGGCAUCAGGGGACAACGUGAAGUGUGAACUCAUUCUACUUCCUCCAGAGUUUCUAGACGCGACCCGCGUGAUGAUGUUAUUCGGAAUGUCCUUGUAUAUUUUCGCCACAAUCUGCUCAUUUGUGUACGUCUGCUGCAGACAAGAAAAGUCCAGUCUCAUCACUGCGGCAACGUUCCUCAUGCUGUUUGGAGGUAUAUUGUGUAUGGUCGGCGUGAUAGUAUACGGUGCCAUGCAUCCCAUACUGCUGAAAGCCAAGGGUCUGGGUCUGCACGCGGGUUUCGCACUCGGCGUGUGUAGUAUCGUGGCCGGAUUUGUAAAUACCUUAUUCUACUGUAUGGCGAGAGCGAGAGGGGACGUCGAUUAAUUCAAAAUAUACACAUGUGCCAUACGCAAUAUGAACAAACUAUUCAAGAGUGUUUCUUUUAAAAAAGUGCUCUCAUGAUUAAUGCGCUGACCAAAAAAAAGCUAACCCGCCAGUUGUUAUUUUGGCUGAUUGUGUUCUUUCAUUGAUUGUGGAAUUGUUCUUGUUACUUGUUAAGGUUUGUUGGUAAAUGUUUUAUUCACCAUAUAGAUAAAAUUUGAUGAAAAAGGUCAGCUAGUUUUGGGGAAUUACGCAAAAAAAAACAUGUCGUAUAAUUUGGCGAAAAUCAUUCAAAUACUAGUACCAGAAUGGCGGGUAAGUUGUUUUUGAUCAGUAUUUACUGGUAGGAUUUUAAAGUACAAAUAUUAAUGUAUGUGAUAAUUAGAUUUAUGCACGUAUAUACAGCUGCCAUACCUCAGGAAAGAUUUGCUUCAAAAUCUCUUAAAGGAACGAUCUGCUGAUAAACCUUACUUAAAGAUUCGCCUAUAUCAGUUUUCUUCUAAAUGUUUUAAAACAACAGCAUUAGUUUGAUAUUCAGCCAUCAGAUUAAUUUUUGAAGGUAGUUGACACGUGAUGACAAUCGGCAAAUUACGUAUCUGUCGUAUGUGAUUUCGGAAUUCUUCGGCUUUUACGGAUAAUCAUGUGCGAGUUGAGCUGUAUUUGCACCCGAAAAAUGCCAAUGUCAUUAUGUAUCAACCACUACUUUUUUUAAAAAAUUACAAAGUCUUUGCUUUUUAGAUUUUUCUGUAUAAGUUCUUUUUUUGUAUAUAUGAAAUUUGAUAUAUGAACAAUUUAUAAAGAAACACACCCGAAAAUUGCAAAUGAGAAAAAAUCGCGCUUUCAAAAUCAAAGCAUUUCUCUUUAGACGCUCACUGUAAUUUUUUUAGCAUUCACUCAUUGUAAAUACUCAUGUCAUCAAAGCAAACCAUAUGAAGAGUAAGAGAUAAAACUGAAUCAUUUUAACUAAAAAAAAAUACGUAAACAGAAAUAAAGAUUCAAAGAGAGUGUAUUUAUUGUGUACAGAUACUCGGACAACGUCUUUUCUACCCGAGAUUAUGUAUCAUUUUUAUUAUUAAUUAUGUCACUUUAAUUAAAGGAAUUCUUAAGGUUUUUCUAGCAUAAAACUGCUGUUAUUGUCACUUUUCGGGGGUGUUUUAACAGGAGAGAAAACAUGUGUUAACAGAGAGAUUCUCGCGCUCACGUGCUGUUAUAACACCUUUUUAUAUAUGCGCGUUCCGUGGCAAAGCGUAAACGCAUUACGGCCCUAAAAUGGAUAAUUCAAAAGGAAAUGAUGUCAACUUGAAAAAACAAUGUAGACUUUACCGCGCAUUUCAUAGAACUUUAAUGACGUUGAGGGUUACUACAUUCGUUUACUUGGUUUUUACACGUUUUAUGCUAGAAUAGCGUUAGCGCAUGUUCUUUCCGUGUUAAAACAUCUUCAGAAUCCCUCGAGAAUCGUUGGUACUUUGGGAUUCUGCAGAUGUUAUAACACGAAAAAACAUGCGUUAUCCCUACAUAAAUGACGUUACUUUUUCGACCUUGUUACGUCAUAAGUCGUCUGCUUUUUGCAGGAAAAUUUUUGUCAGUUUAAGUUAUCUUUUAUAAAAGUAUACAUUUUUGUAUUUUGUGAACUUAUUUGAAAAACAAUCUUGCAUCAUUAGAAAUAGCAUGCUAACGGUUACAAUCUUCAUGAAUCUGAGAAUCUCAGAAACUUUUGUCAGAUGACUUCCGUACUAAAUUGCAAUAGUUUAGCGGAUAAAUGUAUAUACAUGUAUAUAAUUGUACAGACAUAGACAUUAACAUAUAGACACUAUAUUCAUAGCACACAGGUACUUACGGGCACUAAACUUUCAAACAGCAAAAUUUUAAGUAUUUCUGUGACGAAUUUAAUUCGAAAAAUAAUGUUUUUAUUACAGACCUAUCAUUGCUUGUAUACGAAUUUCGAUUUGGACGAAAUUAAUCAUAAAUUGAAUGCUAAACAUCUCAACAACGUUUGUGGGAGGAGGGAGGCAAUUAUUUUCCAGUGCACCACAUUUGAUUUUGAAAGGAAUUCUGACAGAAUCUUAAAACUUGUUUAGUAUUCUUAUAUGACCUAAAAACUAACUUGAGGUCAGACACUUUUUUACCAUGACUAUACUAUUAUAAAGUAUAUGGAGAACUAGCAAGCCUACUCACCUUUGCGCUGGCGUCCGCAUCUACAGAUUGGUUUAAAGUUUUGAUUCACUUUCACUUUAUCUUUACCUUAUUACUUGGUUGAUUUGAUUAAAGUCCAUUGUCAUCACCCACAUCAUAAAACACAAUGUUCAUUAUUCUGGUAAAACUAUUACAUGAGUUAUAUGCCCUUUUAGAAUAGAAUUUCUGGUUAAUAUUUUGAUGCAAUUCUACUCUAUACAUGUUAUCAAAAACGGAUUUAAUUGAACCCAUAUUACCACCCACAUCACGUGAUAUAAGGUCCAUUACUGUGGCAAAUAUGUUCCAUGAAUUAUGCUCACUUUGUACUUUGAAUUUCUGAUAAUUUCUGUUAAUAUGAUAUAGAUUUGAUCUAAACUCAGAAUAGUUUAACAUAUCAUCGCCAACAUCACAUAAAACAUGGUCAGUGAUGUGAGGUGAGCGUUACAUGCUUUUCUUUUUGCUGUAUGAAGGCGGUUGGCACCCAAACUUCCCAACUUACUCAUAUAUUUGAAUUUCUCUUAUCAAUUCAGAAACUUCACAGAAGAACUAUUUUGUUUCCCAGGAGUAUUAAUCACUCAACUGAUAGCUCUGGUUUUCUCAAAUAAGACCUAUUUCACUAUCCAGCAUCGAAAUAGUCGAGCGUCUCUGUUUAUAAUGUUUGCAAUAUUUAACCAAAUUAUACUGUGCAACCGCGCUAAAACAGCAUUGGAAAGACCAAAAUGUGCUUGCUGUACUGACGUUGUUGUCCUAGAGGGGUUAAUUUGCAGAGAAACUUGUUAAGUCGGAAAGAAAAUAUUUGCCUUUUCAGGGAGUCUUUGCCGCUCAGAAGUGUCAUAUUUUAGUCUUAUUAUUUUUAUAAAGAAUACUUCCCAAUUAUGAUAAUCACAUGGCAAAUAUGACAGCAUUAUUGUAAAUUUUAAAAUAAAGAUCUUUUAUUUUUGUAUAUUUUAAGGAUAUAUAUUUGAUACUAGGUUUACUGUUUGAAUGUAAUAUAGUCAAUGUAUAGAUCUAGAUUUUUAUACUUCUUUGUAUGUAUUCAUUUAUGCCUUCAUUACUUUAAAAAUGUAAGUUCAUGCAUAUUGAUUAAUGAUGGAUUAAAAUAGAUUAAAAGAUACAA